AUGUGUGCCUUGGUGUGUUCUUGUAUGGCAGGCCGAGAGGGCGACAAUCAGAUUGCACCAGCCGAACUUUUGGGCGUCAUUGCGUGUUUUAACGGAUUCCGCUCGAGUCCUCUGCCCGGUUGCCAUCCGGCCCCGGUGUCGAGCAUCGCCCGGCCAGCCCACCUCCAACAGACGACAUCUUCUGGCGCUGGUCCGAGGCUCGAGGUCCGCUCGAGUCCGUCCAGUUCGACGCUUGGGCGCAGACAGGAGCAGAGAGACUGUCGCCGGACACACUCAGUUCGAGCCGGUCUCGUCUGCCCAGGGCGGAGAGUCCGUUUGGCUCUUCUUCUUCUUCUUCUUCUUCUUUUUUGUCGUUCCUUUAUCCCCUUCACUCCCCACUCGCCACACCUCGUGGCAUACUCACUUCUUGUCUGUGCCGAGGCUCAUGUGCCGGCCUCCACUUGGCCCCCUGUUCGUCCGGUACCACGUCCAGCCGUGGCAUCAUUUGCGACAUUUGUCUGCUCGGCCAAAAGUCGGCAUACAUGUGGCUACAAGUCUGCAUGUCCGCUUGCACAUGUGCUUGCCUGCAUGCGCGCAUCAGACAUGCAUGUUAUGUGUGUUCUGGUGGGUGUGAUUUCGGAUGCCCAGGUGCCUAUCGCUGACGAACGGCCAACCAGGCUGUAG